ACCGGGGGCAGUGGCCCGGGCUCAGCCCUGGUGCGCCCGCUGCGCCCGAGCUUCGCUCCGCAGGAGCCCUAUCGAGUCGAGCUCGCUGCCGGGAGCUCCCCUCCCCUUCCCCUGCUUGAGGCACGAUACAGCCCGCCGGUGCCUCCCGCUGUCGCUCUCCUUAGACGGGACUGUGCCUCCGUUCCUGCUGCAGGAUGAAGAGGAUCUUCGGGUUCGGGAGGAAGAGGAAGGGGCAGCCGCCGGCCAGCAGCGCCUCCCUUCCCUGCCCCGCCGGUGCCUACGAGCUUCGGCAGAAGGACCUGGGCAAGCUACACCGCGCGGCCGCCAGCGGCGACCUGGCCCAGGUGCGGCAGGGACUGAGGAAAUACGGCAUCGACGGGCGGGACAAGGCGGAGCGGACAGCUCUGCAUCUUGCUUGUGCAAAUGGCCAUGUGGAUGUAGUUACAUUUCUAGUAGAAAACAAGUGUAAGCUAAAUCUUUUCGACAAUGAUAACAGAUCACCACUGAUGAAGGCAGUACAGUGCCAGCAAGAAAAAUGUGCGGCUAUUCUGCUAGAACAUGGUGCUGACCCAAAUCUGGCAGAUGCUGAUGGCAACACUGCCCUUCACCUGGCUGUCCUGUCUGGUAGUACUACUGUAGCAGGGCUGUUACUUCGGCAUAAUGCCAAUAUUGAUGCUCAAAAUAAGGAGGGAUGUACCCCUCUUAUUCUUGCUGUCUCCGAACAUCAUGAAGAAAUAAUGGAGUUUCUCCUUAAAAAAGGAGCUGAUGUGCAUGCUCGAGAUCAAUGUGAAAGAACCCCACUUAUGACUGCUGCUUCUGGUGGAGAGCUUAAUGUGAUAAAGGUUCUUCUUCGGUAUGGUGCUGAUGUUUCCCAGAAAGACACUAACGGAUGGACAGCUGAGGAUUAUGCUGUUAUUCAUGGAUAUUCUAGUCUUAGCAAACAACUGGCAGAAUAUGCAGACUGGGAAAACACAGGAGAAGCUUCUACAGGUGGUGGUGCACGAGGCAUCACAGCACUUGGCACUCCACACAGGGCAGCAGCUGCUGGCUUUACAUUAGGUGCUCCUGCUGUGGACAGAGGAGCAAUAGAUGACUUCUCUCAAGGAGACUCAAUAAGAAGCUCUGAGAAAGAGGGGAGCGAUGACAGUUGGCAUACCUCUGAGGAAGAGGAACUUGAUUUUACCCCCAAGAAGCUCCAGAAGCCAAACCUGACACUGCUAAUGAAUGCUUCACAGCAGUUCAGGAAAAACAAUAAUGGUGGUGGUUCUAGAAUUGAAAGUCCUACGUCACCAAAGAAAAGUCUUAAACAAAGAAUCCCAUCAAGUGCAAAUGUGAACAAAGGGGACAGUGAAGAAUUGUUUAAUCAAGAUGUCUCAGUUGCAAGCAACCUGGAUGAAGAAGAAUUGGAGGAGGAGGAAGAGGAAGAGGACGAAAAUGACAAUGAAGAUGGUGAUGAAGAUUAUGAGGAGGAAGAGGAGGAAGAGGAGGAGGAGGAGGAAGAUGAUGAUGAAGAUUUUACUGAAGAUGAAAAGGAGGAGGAAGAGCUGAAGGAUGAAGAAACUCAGUCUAAAGAAAUACUGGAAGAGGAGAAAAAAGAGCCUAAAGGGGAAAUGAAUCAGAAAUUAGAGUAUCUCAGUAAAGCAAAGUAUGAAGGUGAUGCUCAAUGUGGAACGGGAAAUGUCUGUGAUGAUGAUGAAAUAAAUAAAGAACAUGAUGAAAAGGUGGAGGAAUCUGUUGAUACUCCUGUGUCUUUCAUAGCUGGGUCUUGUGAAGGGUUCAAGGAAAAUAAAACCGCAGUCUCUCCAAAGGUCAUGAACAAUGAAGUAUCUUGCAAGUCAGUACCAAAACAAGCUGUCUUUCAAAAUCUAAAUAAUCUGCAAGACGUGCAAGAAACCUGGAACAGAAAAAGCAUGAUUGAGGAGACAUUUCACAGAAAUGCUGACUCCUGUUUUCCAAACUCUGAAGUGACAGACUGGAAAAAAGAGAUACCUCAGCCUCUCUUUGAUAGUUGUGGUGUUAAGGAGAAAAGGUCAAACUUCAGUGAUGGCUUUGAGAGUGGCAAUAAUUCUUGGUUAGCAGAAAAAACCCCGGGACCUGAAAGGGAAAGACCAACCUCUGUCAUACUUGAACAUGUGGAUGGUGAAGAUACUGAAGAAGAGGAAUAUGGAGGAGUAGAUGAUAAAGUCUGUAAACCACUGAAAAAAGAAGGUGAAAACUUGCACUUAAAUAAACAAGAAGAAAAUUUGAGAGCAGCAUUUCAUUCAAGCAGUGAAGAAGAAUCAUCUGAACGUGAAGAGAAGGAGAGUGCUGGUAAAAAGCUACAAAUUACAGUUGCUGAGGAUGUGAAAAAUUCUGUUUGUAAUGAUAGGCAUGAAGUCCACAAAGUUUCAAAGGACAACUCUGGUGCCCUUCCAACAAUGGGAGCAGAGCAGGAGGAAGAUGCUGAAUCUCCCUGGGAUUCCGAGGUUACGCAGGCAGAUUCUGAAACGCAGAAUAAGAUACCAUGUGGUGUGCUGCUCCCAGCUGCAGAGAGACUUGGAACAUGCUCCCAGUUUGUUUCAGCAGAAAGUGACAAUGGCUUUUUGGAGAAGCCCAACAAUUCACAGCUGAAGACUCCCAUGUCUGCUUCAGAAAUGAACAAAACUUCUCCUGAAAACAGGCAACAGAAGUCAGAUCUAUUGCAGGAAUUUGAUUUAGAAGAUGUUGAGGAUAUUGAAGGUGAGUACUCAGGAUCUACUUUUCAUAUGUCAUCAGCAGCUGAAAAAGAAGAUAAGGAUACCAUUGAAAACUAUGGAGUGUGGGUUGAGAAGGAAAAAAACAAAGAAAGAUGUUUCAAUACGCAGACAGUGGCAAAAGAGGAAAAUGUUGAUAAAUUAAAUACACCACCAGGCAAUAUUACUAAUCAGCAAAUGAAAGAAAAGCUUACACUAAGGAAGAAUGACUCUUUGAAAAUGGAGGAUGAAAACACUACAGAAGAAAAAGUCAACAACAAUUUUUCACCUGAGGAGAGUCAACUUGCCCUGAAGCAUGACAUUGCAAAGAACAAUAAAGGACAGACUUCAAAGCAGAAGGUUAAUCAGCAGAUGAGCUCUUCCAGUGGGAAUAAUUUUCGAGUACUAGAUGAUAGCACUUCCAGUGAAACAUCUCAAGAGGAAGGAAGACCUGCAGCAAAAGCAGCGAGUGAAAAGAACAAGGUCAGCAUACAAAUGGAUGUAACUGAUGACCUCGAUUUAACUCACUCAUCUGACACAACAUCAGAGGACGUCAAAUUACCAACAUCCACCUACAAAGAGGCUGUGUUGCUCUUGGAACAGCUUACUGUGGAUCAUACAGGUUCUGCUAUUUUACUGAAAAUUCAAAACAUACUUCUUAAAUAUGAACAAAUAAUAGAGCAUGAAAAAAAUCGGUAUGCAGCAGUCUGGAGAGAAGUAAGAAAACUGGAAAGUGAAAAGGAGGAAUCAAAAUUAAUAGCGGAAGAGACUCAAGAUUUGAAAUCCAUAUUGGCUCACCAAGAAGUGGAAUGGAAAAGUGAUAUCCAAAGCCUUAAGUUUACUUUGAAACAAGAAGAGGAAAAGAGGCUCAGAAUAGAAACACUAUAUGAGAAAACAAAAGAAAAACUCAGAAGGAAAGAAGAGCAAUGUUGUAAAGAGAUGGAGGAGAAACAGCAACUUGAGUUACAAUCAAGGAAUUUAGAAAUGGAGUUAGUAACACUGAGAAAGCUCUUCAAACAGGUUGAAGACGAGCGUGAUGAAACACAGAGACAGCUCUCUCAGGAAAAGAGUGCCAGAGCCCUGCAAGAAGGCAUUUUGAACAACCACCUUUGGAGACAAAAGGAACUAGAAGAAGAGACAAGAAGAACUAUAGGAAAAAGUUCGGAUGAAUCUGACACUGAGAGAGAAAAGGAUCUGUUGUACAAAAAUCAGUUACUGCAAGAUGAGAUUGCCAUGCUAAGACUAGAACUUGAUCAAAUAAGACUUAGGCACCAGGAGGAAGAAGGAAAAUAUUUAGAGGAAAAUGAGACCUUGAAAGAAAAAAAUGAAGAUCUCCAAAAAGAACUUAAGCUGAAUGAGGAAACCUUAACACAAACAGUUUUUCAGUACAACGGACAACUGAACUUACUAAAGACAGAAUCUGCAAUGCUAACUUCCAAACUUGAGCAGACAAAAGAAAGCAAAGACAGACUAGAGACAGAAAUUGAGUCAUUUCGUUCCCGCUUGAACACUGCUGUUCAAGAACUUGAACGUCACCAGUCAUCAAGAAGCGAUGUUGAACGAACGUUUCAGAGAGAACGUGACGAAUGGCUUCGUUUGCAAGACAAGCUCCAUCAUGAUCUCUCAGAUGUGCGAGAAGCCAACAAGAGCUUGUCUCAGCAGCUGAGUAAAGCUGAAAGCAAAGCUAAUAGUCUAGAAAAUGAGCUUCACCAGUUAAGACAAACGCUCAGAGAGAAAACAUUGCUUUUAGAAAUGACACAAAAAGAAUUAAGUCAAACCCAGUGUCAGGCAAAGGAAUAUGAUCAUGCUCGACAGCUUGAGAAAGACCAAGUAAACAAACUUAUAAUAAAGCAGGAAUCCAUGCAGGAGCGAUUGGCCCAGCUCCAGAGUGAAAACCUUUUGCUCCGUCAGCAACUGGAAGAUCUGCAGAACAAGGGGAUCAUCAAAGAAAAAGUAGUUAAUGAUGUGCAAGAUCGUUUUAAUGAUAUUUUCAACAAACUCAGAGCUGAUACUGAGAAGCAAGUUUACCUAAUGGAAGAGAGAAACAAGGAAUUAAAUGCCAAGUGUAUUGAUUUAAGAGAACAAGUCUACAAGAAUGAGACUGACAAAAUAGAGAGAGAGGGCAUGAUCAGACAGCUGCAGCAGGAGCUUGCUGAUGCUCUUAAAAAGCAAUCUAUGUCAGAAGCUUCACUCGAAGUUACUACACGCUACCGCAGUGACCUGGAGGAGGACAAGCUGCGCUUGCAAAAGGACUUGGAAAAGGCUAAAACCAAGUUGCGGGAGGUAGAAGAAAAGUAUCUUCAGUCUGAGCAUUGUGUUCGUGACUUGAAGUCUGCCUUGGAUGGAAAGGAAAGAGAAGCAACAGCUUCUGCCCAGAAACUGCAGGACCAGCUGUUGGCAUCUUCUGAGACUAGCACUACUAUAAAACAACUGGAAGAACAUGUGCAACACCUUGAAAUUGAAAACACCAAAUUGGAAGCCACUGUCCAGCAACAAAGCAACAGAAUUGAAGCCCUGCAGAGAGACCUGCAAGCCUCUGCCUCAGUUCAUAACCGCCUGGAAGACUUGAUAAUGAGCAUACAGACAGCACAGGCAGCUGCAGAGGAUCACCACAAGCAGGUGCAAAAGCAGAAUGUGCUGGCUCUGACAUCAAAGGACUUGCAGAGCAUGUGGGAAGAGCAGUUUAAGUCAAGAUCUAACCUUGAAGAGCGUGUUGCUCAACUUGACAGGGAAAAGGCAGACCUCUUUGAACAGUGUGAGAGUGAAAGAAAGAAAGUGAAGAAACUGAUAGAGUUAAAACGCCCAGUUGAACUCCGUCUGGACCAAGAAAUGAGACGAAACUUGGAAUUGCAGAAAGAUUUUAAGAGGUUGAAGAGACUUCUCAGUAGAGCUACAAAGAAAAUAAAGGUGUACGAGGAGAGAGAAAUGGAGUCAGAGCUUAAUUUGAAGGGAGAAAUGAAGAGCAGAUAUUCUGAAAUGGUCAGUGAAGUUGAUAGAUUGAGAACAAAGGUUGCUGAACUUUCCCAGCAGCUGGACAUGGAGUCUAAAAAAAGCAUGCAGCUAGAAGCCCAAAACCGGGAUUUGCGAGAAGAGCUAUCUACCCUGCAUGGGAACUGUGAAAAACUGGAGAAGAGCAAAUGCCAGCUGAAAGAAGAAGUGGCAAAACUCCAACAUCACUUGGAGACUAACAUGGUGGAUCACAGCCAAAUAGAACAGUAUAAAAGAGAAGUUGAUGAACGAGCAGGCCAAGAAAUAAGACAAAAACUACAAGAAGUCAAUCUGUUUUUGCAAGCACAGGCAGCCUCCCAGGACAGACUAGAACACAUCAGAGCAAGUCAUUAUGCUUCUCUGAGAAACCAGCUAAAAGACAGAAUUAGAGAUCUUGAAUGUGAAUUGGACAAGAUAAAAAAUACUCAACAAGACAGCGCUUUUCCAAAAGAAUGUGUACAGGCAGAAGUGGAAAAGUACAAGGAGCUGUAUCUGGAGGAAGUGAAAACAAGACGAUGCCUCGCAAAGAAACUGGAAAGAGCUAAUGAGAGACUUGAAGAAGCCAAUGCUAAGCUCCUCCGGGAGCGCCAUAAAAGCAAAUCGUUAAUCACAAGCAGCAUCGUCAGCGGAGGUCUGGCUGCAACUCCAGUUCUGUAUUCAACUGCACUGGGACAUCUUGGCAACAAUUUGGGACUGAGCAGAAGUCUCAGUCUAGGAGGAAGCUUCCUCACCCCAGCUGAGAACACAUUAUCCUCAAGAAACAGGGUUGCAGCCUUUGUGGCCAAGGUACGACAGGAACUGGAUGAAAAAAUCACUAAGGAACUGAAAGAAGCCACUGCAGAACUUGAAAGUGGAUGUGCUGGAUCUUCCAAAAACCUUCAUGUGGACCAGGAUCCCCUUUGCAGAGCAAUAGAGGAGUACCGUGAUGUUUUAACCAAAAAUUACAUGAUUUGAAUGAAAUGCUGUAGAAAGGCUCUGAACAAUUUUGCUUUUAUAGAAAGCACACCUAUGGUUUCCCUUCUCCCCAGUUCAGAUGUGAAAACUUGUUCAUUGCUCAAUUAAAUGGAUGUCAAGGACAGUGCACCCAUCUGUUGGGUUUUUUCUGCAUAGCUGGUUUCUUUUGCACUCACAGUAAGAACCACAUCCAUUUUUUCUGAGAUUUUUCAGGAGAUUUGACUCAUUUGGAUUCUUUAGCUUGACAAAACUGUCAGAAAUGUUUCCUCUUACAGUAGCUUCAUUAUGCUGCAUUAUUCGUGGUCUGUGUUUUAACAAAAGCAUUCACUUUGUUCUGUUUCAUCCUUUCACUCAAUGUGUUUCUAAGUUCUCCAGUGUUAUUUCAAUGCUUAGGACAUCAUUUGAUGUUCUUUGAGCCCAGCUGCAGAACUAGGUUCUGCUAAUUAACUUAUAGUGGUGUUCAAGCUAGAGAAAAGGGCACUUUACGUUGUUGUCACUUUAUGCAACAUAAGUUUAAAAUGACUGUGAGUGUGUAGUAGUGCCAAGACUUGUUUUAUGGUCUUUUUGUAUUUUUUUUUUUUUGUAUCACAGAAUGAGUGAGGUUGGAAGGGACCUCUGGAGGCUAUUUGUUCUAGCACUUCUGCUCCAGGAGGACCACCUUUAGGUAGUUUCCCAGAUCUGUGUUGGUUUUUUCAUUACUUAAAAAAUGGAGACUCCAAAGUCUCCAUAGGCAACCUGGCCUCAUGAUCAGUCACUGUCACAAUACACUUGAAUAUUAUGAGGGGUAUUGAAAGUCAGUACCUCUCAUGGUAUUGGUCCUGAUUUCUGUAUUAAAAAUUGCUGCAGCUUCAGACUUUUGCAGCUCUUGCUUAAACACUUAUGGUACACCUGAAAACACUUUCAGUGGGAGGGGUAGAAAAGGAACAUAAAUAUUAUUAAUACUCCUUGGUACUCUCCAGAACUUGUGUGAUAGGAUACCCAAUCUUUUUGUUGCUGCUAGCAGCUGAUGAUAUGGUGUCUGUAGCACAGAUGUGGUGGAAAUUUGAUAGCAACCAUAUAAGCAGUUUUACUUGUUUCAGGGAGUUACCGGUUUUUAAUUAAGAUGUGUGUUGUCAUUUCCCAUCUGCAAAAGUCACCAGCAGAGUAUAGAACCAAGUCCCAGUUCUGGAAAAGUAAGAAUAAGUGUACUGAGAUGAAUCAAGACUGAAAGAAUACUAGGGUUUUACCCACUAUUUUAAGGACUUGAGUUAACAGAUAGUGAGAAAAGCAUUAAAUGCUGCUGUAACACUCUUCCUUUUUAUAUGAAUAUAUUUGUGAAGCUAUUAUACUGUAUUUAAUUGAACUUGAUAUUUAAUAAACUUUGCAGUCUAGAA